AUGAAAUGUAAGAACAUUCAGUUGCUCCCAGAUUUGCAAGUGAUUGCAAAUUUCAGUGCAGCAUGGUGUUGUCCUUGUAAGACAGUUGCUCCGUAUUACAGCGAAUUAUCUGAGGAAUACCCAUCUUUGAUGUUCUUGUUAAUUGACGUGGAUGAACUAGCUGACUUUAGUAUUUCAUGGGACUACAAGGCCACUCCAACUUUCUUCUUUCUCAAAAAUGGACAACAGAUUGACAAACUUGCGGGAGCCAACAAGCCACAGCUGCAGAAGAAGAUCAAUGCCAUUGCUGAAUCAGUCUCCAGCUCCCAGAGUCAAUGGUGAUUGCGAUUAUCUUCUCUUAAUAGUAAGAACUCAAGGGUUUUCUCCUCUUUUGACGACUGGUGGAUUAUCUGUAUACUUUGUAUUUGUGUUUUCCCACGCAUGUAAAUAUGAUCUUUUGCAU